AUGAGCUCGUACGGCUACGACCCGUUCUUCCCCUCCUACAAGCGGCGGUACGCCGAGAGCCCGCGGCUCCAUGUCUCGGCGAUGCGCAGCAGCGGCGGCUACAGCUCGGCGCGCUCGGCGUACUCCAGCCUGUCGGCGCCCGUCUCCUCGGUGUCGGUGCGGCGCAGCUACGCCGCCUCCAGCGCCUCGGGCUCCCUCCUGCACUCGGUGGACAGCCUCGACCUGAGCCAGGUGGCGGCCAUCAGCAACGACCUCAAGUCCAUCCGCAGCCAGGAGCGGGCGCAGCUGCAGGACCUCAACGACCGCUUCGCCUGCUUCAUCGAGCGGGUGCACGAGCUGGAGCAGCAGAACAAGGUGCUGGAGGCCGAGCUGCUGGUGCUGCGGCAGAAGCACGCCGAGCCCUCCCGCUUCCGCGCCCUCUACGAGCAGGAGAUCCGCGAGCUGCGCCUGGCCGCCGAGGAGGCGACGAGCGAGAAGCAGGCGCUGCAGGGCGAGCGGGAGAGCCUGGAGGAGACGCUGCGCGGGCUGCAGGCGCGCUACGAGGAGGAGGUGCUGAGCCGGGAGGACGCGGAGGCGCGGCUGCUGGAGGUGCGGAAGGGCGCGGACGAGGCGGCGCUGGCGCGGGCGGAGCUGGAGAAGCGGGUGGACAGCCUGCUGGACGAGCUGGCCUUCCUCAAGAAGGUGCAUGAGGAGGAGCUGGCGGAGCUGCAGGCGCAGAUCCAGUACGCGCACCUCUCCGUGGAGAUGGACGUGUCGGCCAAGCCCGACCUCUCCGCCGCCCUGCGCGACAUCCGCGCCCAGUACGAGAAGCUGGCGGCUCGCAACAUGCAGAACGCCGAGGAGUGGUUCCGCAGCCGCUUCACCGUCCUCAGCGAGAGCGCCGCCAAGAACACCGACGCCGUCCGCGCCGCCAAGGACGAGGUCUCCGAGAGCCGCCGCCUGCUCAAGGCCAAGACGCUGGAGAUCGAGGCCACCCGCGGCAUGAACGAGGCGCUGGAGAAGCAGCUGCAGGAGCUGGAAGAGAAGCAAAGCGCCGACAUCUCCGCGCUGCAGGAUACAAUCAACAAAUUGGAGAACGAGCUGAGAACCACAAAGAGUGAAAUGGCUCGGUAUCUGAAGGAAUAUCAAGAUCUGCUCAAUGUGAAAAUGGCCCUGGACAUCGAAAUUGCAGCAUAUAGGAAACUGCUGGAAGGUGAAGAGACCCGACUCAGCUUCACUAGUGUUGGAAGCAUCACCAGUGGCUACACCCAGACUGCCCCGACUUUUGGCAGGUCUGCCUACAGUGGUCUCCAGUCCAGCUCCUACUUGAUGACAACCCGUUCCUUCCCCACAUACUACUCCAGUCAUGUCCAGGAAGAGCAGAUUGAAAUAGAGGAAACAAUUGAGGCUGCUAAAGUGGCAGAAGCCAAGGCAGCCCCUGCAGAAGAAGGUGAGGAGGAAGAGAAAGAGGAAGGUGAGGAAGAAGCAGGAGGUGAAGAGGCUGAAGAGGAGGAAGGUGCUAAGGAAGAAUCUGAAGAAGCCAAAGAGGGUGAGGAAGAGGAAGGAGAAGGGGAAGAAACAGCAGCUGAAGAAGGAGAGGAGUCUCAGGAAACUGCUGAGGAAACUGGUGAGGAGGAAAAGGAAGAGAAGGAAGCAGCAGGAAAGGAAGAGAGUGAAGUGAAGAAGAAGGCUUGA